AUGGACUUAAGUGGUGGUCUCCUCCUGCAAGUGGUCUCCUCUCUGAUCCUCCUGCAGGUGGUCUCCUCUCUGAUCCUCCUGCAGGUGGUGGUCUCCUCUCUGAUCCUCCUGCAGGUGGUGGUCUCCUCUCUGCAGGUGGUGGUCUCCUCUCUGAUCCUCCUGCAGGUGGUCUCCUCUCUGAUCCUCCUGCAGGUGGUCUCUUCUCCGAUCCUCCUGCAGGUGGUGGUCUCCUCUCUGAUCCUCCUGCAGGUGGUGGUCUUCUCUGAUCCUCCUGCAGGUGGUGGUCUUCUCUGA